UCACUUAUAACAGCAUUUUCAGAAGCACGAAUGACCCCUGAUCUUAUAGAAACAGUCUCAAAGGGGCUUGGGGCUAACCUUGCACAAUUCUUUACAUUGGGUCUAAAUUCCAACACCAUGGAUAACUCCCAAUCUGUGGAGUAUAUUAGCUUUCUGAAAGCUAAUUGUCCCAGCGUUGCUCAUGCAGACAAAGAGCAGCUUCUCAAAACUGAAUUUAUGAAUGGAAAUAACAUUGACUGUCAGUCUUUAGGACAUUAUCAAACAGUCUUUCUUUUGACUUCUUGCACUGCUUUGAGUUUGCCAAAUAAAAGCAGUUCUGCAUUGAAAAUGGAGAAUCAAGAUGUUUGCAAGCAGAGGUUUCAUAUAAGGAAAGGCUCCAGCUCAUUGCUUAAUGGUGUGACUUGUCAGCCUGAAAGGAGAGUUAAGAGAGAACUUUUCCCUGGGCAUGUGAGCAAGCUUUUGGCUGAUGUGCACAAGCUCUGGGAUGUAUCUUUGACUAAAACUCAGGGUAUUAAAGGAAUCUGCUUACCAGAAUGUAUGUUAAAUGAACAUAAAGUUGAUGAUUUCCCACCCAUUGUAUGUAAUAGCUCUUGCCCCUCACCUAUUUCAAGUGCUUCUGUACUCAGUGAUGCUUCUGUGAAAGAAGUAGGAGCAGACUUGCUUUUGAAAUGUCUCAACAGGCAGCAAGUGCUCCUAAAUCGGGCAAAAAGGAAUCAGAAGCGCUUGCAGUCUCUUUUGGCAAAGCAUGCUGUACAACAUUUCAGCCAACAGAUAAAAGACUUUGUAAAUCAUCAGAUCCAUGACAAGCCAGCUGAAAUUUUUGAUAACCAACCAGCCAAAGAGAUGAAAAGGAAUCUAAAUGGAGGGUCAAGUGGAAUAAGUAAAGAGGCAAAUGGUAGUUUCAAAAAUGAAGUCUUUCAUUCAGUAAAAAGUUUUUCAGUUUCUGCAAAGGAAAUUCUCAAACAGAUUAAAAAAGAUGUGGAUUCGGACGCCACAGGAAGCAGCUCUGACGAUGACUGGGAUGAAAAGGAUGGACGGAAUUUGAAUGAGCGCAUUUCUGAAAUCAGCUGGCUUUCUGACAGAACUAGAGUUGGGAGUCGCUGGGCCUGGCUUCAGGCUCAGAUUUCUGAGCUGGAAUGCAAAAUCCAGAAUCUCACAGAUCUUCAUUCUCAGAUACGCAAGACAAAGGGGACACUGCAGUUUGAGGAACCCUCUAAAGGCAAUUUUAAACAGAAAUCACGCCUGCCUGAUUCAAAAACACUAUUAAGCCAUGCAGGGAGGCUGCCAAGGACCCCGCGGCGUACAAAUCCGUCGCCAACAAAGGAUUUAGACAUGUCGCCAAGCAGCCCAACUCUGCUACUGAGGAACAUAGAAAAGCAGAGUGCUCGGCUGACUGAAAUAGUCAGCAGUCUGACUGUUUCUCCGAAUGAUUCUGCCAAAUCCAGUGGGUAUAAAAGAUUGGCCAGUGGAUUUUGUGAUAGGAUGCAUACUGAUGGCUUUCCCUCAUUUAAUGGAUUCUGUGAGCAACAAGUGAAACGAAGAAAAAAAGUCAGAGUAAAAGCCUCCUCUGCAUUGGGAAGCAGCCUGAGCAGCUCAGCCAGAACCAGGCCCUUGCAGGCAUUAAAAAAACGGAAGCUCUACAAACUGAAUCCAGAAUAUUCUGAUGUGCAUCUCUCCUCCUCAUCAUUCAGGUAUGAUGAGCUGCUGUAUAAUGGAAACCACUACUCUACAUGGAAAUGUCCCGAGGUGCUGUACAGGCCCUGGCUAAUGGAACAAAAUGCCUGUGAAGCAGAUCCAUGCUUUCAUCCUGUCUUGUCAUUUACUUAUGAACUUCCCUUAAAUUUACACCUUGCUGCAUUGCUGAUGAAGAAUCACAACAUUAAGACGAAUUCAGUGGACUCCAUAUUGCUCAGAGAGGAGGUAGAUCUGAACCGAUCAUAUGAUCCCAACAUGCCAGUGAUGUUAAACUCGUUAAUGGAUGCAGCCUCAUCUGAGAGUGUCCUCAUGACUCCAAUUUCCACUCAGAAAUUCUCUGCCCAGCAAUUUCUAGAACGUGAAUCCAGCAGCAUGGUCUGUGCAGCGAGGCGCCGGUUAAGGAGUGGAAAUACUUAUGACAUCAACAACAUUGUGAUCCCGAUGGGUCUUAUUGCACCUACAAAACUGGAGAAACUGAACUACAAGGAAAUCAUUACUCCUAGCUGGAAGGAGAUGGUGCUAGAACCUUUGGAAAGACCUGCUGAUCAUUUGCUGGAAGACUUAUCAGAUGAGACUUUCAUUUCCCGUCAUGAAAAAUACGAGCUGAAAGAAAAGUCCCGGUGGUCAUUGUGGGAGAAAAGAAAGUGGCCAAAAAGGAACAGAUCUUCAAGUUAUAGUUUUGGCACAUCACCAAGAACUGUGAUGCCUUCAUGUAAACACAGCUGUAGCCCAAAUGACUACUCUCAGGGUCCCUCAGAGGCUCCUUCUAGUGAUACAGCAGAAUCUGGAACCCUGCAGUUUUCCCAUGAAGCUCCAAAAGGAAAGACAAUUGACUGGGAGCGCAGAGUCUUCCCUUUGACAGAAGAAGCUGCACUUGAACUACUGGGCAAAUGCCCUUUCCAAGCCCAAAUGAGCACAGGGGGCAACCAGCAGUGCCAGAAAAAUGACUGUGAAUACACAUGAAGGUCUGAUUUAUGAUAUUUACUCCAACGCUGCUUUAUAGAUGGAGGAGUAAAGAGGUGGAGCUGCAGAAGUAGCUUUUCCAAUCGAGACAAAAGCCUGUCCCAACUAUUUCUUCUGUUCUCCAAGUGCCUUAAGAGUAAUCUGGCAGUGCACAGAAGGCAAUACAGUAUCAGCUGCCCAGAUAUAUGUGGCUAAUGUUGAUGCAGAUCUCCAUUCCGCAAAGACCACUGAAGCAUUUUCAGAGUUAUGGAACAUAAAUUAAUUUGAUGUUGAUUUUGUUAGCAGCAUAAGAAUUUCAAUUUCAGAUUUUCAUAGUUACUCUGCUUGGUUGUACAUGUACAUAUGAGGAUGUUGCUGUUUAAAGCCAGUAAUACAAAGAGGAGAUGAUUGUGUUGGUGGAAGUAUUUCUAAAAGCUCUUCUGGAAACCAACAACUAUCACCUGCUCUACUUUUCACACUGAUAAAUGUCCUGUGGUGCCCAUGUUCCCUAGAUAGAUAUCACUUUUCAUUUCCAGACACAUCAAUGUGAACGGAACAUAAAUGUCCUUUAGUCAUGUUUAUAGAAAAGUGUCUGAAUGGACAUUUAGGGGCAGAUUUAUUAAGGGUCGAAUUGAAAAUAAAUUUUUUUUUAUGGUCAAAACUCUCAAAUUUGAAUUUUGAGAUUAGUCAAACCCUGGCACUUUAAAAAUUCGACUAUUC